GGGGAAUGGAGAUCCUAAAUAUAAGUGAAAAUUCUGAGGCGUACAUGUGCAAAUCCUUAACAGUGAAAACUUCAGUGCUGUCCUAGAGGAUAAAACAAAAGUUUUCUAAAUUUCACUUCCAACUUCAAGCAGCUGAUAAUCUUUUCACAACUGGAAAAAUAUUUUUAUUUCAUUCUGACUUUAAACCUGUCCAAGUUUCACAUGGAUAAUUACAUCAGUGAUGAAGACACAGACAAUGACUUUGACACCCAGCUCAUCAUUCAGCAAAGUUUACAGGAUAUUUACAAGCCAGAAACAACACAAUAUGCUCCUGAUGAGAGCUUCCAUUCCUUUUUGAGUGCUGACUAUAAGAAGAUAAUUGAAACCAUAGAGACAGGUGAGGAAGAUGCAUUGUCAGACUUAACCAAGUGCCAUUCUGCUUUUGAUGAAGCAGAUGGGAUAGGGUGGAUUCCCCUGCAUAAGGCUGCAGUACAAUUAAAUAAAAACAUUUUAGAAAUAACCCUGAAAGCUUCAAAAUCCAGUAUGUGGGAGCAAACCACCCAUAAUGGUGAAACGCCACUUUUUCUGGCUGUCAGCAAUUGCCUCUUAGAAAACGCCAGUUUUCUUCUUCUCAAUGGCUGCAAUCCAAAUGCUAAGAAUUUCGAAGGCAAUUCUCCUCUUCUUACAGCUGUUCUACGUGACUCUUAUGACAUGGCUACCUUGCUGAUCAGUCAUGGAGCGGAUGUAAAUCUACGAUGUGCCAAUGAGAGGACCGCUCUCCAUGAAGCAGCCAAACUGGGCAGACAGGACAUGGUGAAGCUUAUGCUGGUUUCUGGAGCACACCCUGAUCCACGAAGCUCCUAUGGAUUCACUCCACUUGCUCUUGCUGCCCAAAGUGGACACACUGAAAUCAUGGAAUUAUUACUGCAGAAAGGUGCUAAUGCUCAUGGUCAGGCCUCUGAUUCCUCUUCCAUCUUACUUGAAGCUGCUAGAGGAGGAAAUCCAGACUCCGUGACUCUCUUGCUAGAAUAUGGAGCUGAUGCCAACAUCCCUAAGAAUUCAGGCCACCUGCCCAUUCAUGUGGCAGCUGACAGAGGACACUUAUUAGCUCUAAAGAUGUUGAUUCCAGUUACGGACCUUGCUGCCAUUAAGCGGAGUGGGAUCAGUCCAGUUCAUUGUGCAGCGGCAGGAGCACACCCUCAGUGCCUGGAACUUCUCAUCCAGGCUGGAUUUGAUGUGAAUUUCAUGCUAGAUCAGAAAAUUCGUAAACACUAUGAUGACCAAAGGAAAUCAGCUUUAUAUUUUGCUGUAUCAAAUGGUGACCUCUCUUCAGUUAAGCUGCUUCUGGGUGCUGGAGCUCUGCCUAAUCAAGACCCAGUUAACUGCCUGCAGAUAGCCCUUAGGAUGGGUAACUAUGAGCUGAUAAGUCUACUGCUAAGACAUGGUGCCAACGUCAAUUACUUCUGCAGAGUCAACCCUUUGCAUUUUCCAUCAGCACUGCAGUACACACUGAAAGAUGAAGUCAUGCUUAGGAUGCUGUUGAAUUAUGGAUAUGAUACAGAACGAUGUUUUGAUUGUCCUCAUGGGGACAAAAUUCAUCCUUCCUAUACUUUUGAAGGCUGGACAUCUACAGUUAUUAAAGAUACUAUGUUCUGUGAAGUAAUAACUUUGUCAUGGCUGCAGCAUCUCUCUGGAAAGGUUGUUCGAGUGAUGCUUGAUUAUGUUGAUCAAGUUCAAAUCUGUUCAAAGUUGAAAGCUGUGCUCCAAAAACAGGGGCUCUGGUCAGAAAUACAUUUUAUCUUGACAAACCCUCGCUCCCUAAAACAUUUGUGCCGCCUAAAGAUUCGCAAGUGUAUGGGGCGCUUGCAUUUACGCUGCCCAGUCUUCAUGUCAUUUCUUCCAUUGCCCAAUCGUCUAAAAGCGUACAUCCUUUACAGAGAAUAUGACCUUUAUGGACAAGGAAUUUUUACUGGAACCUGGUAAUCAAACUAUUCUAGAGGAAAAGGAUUGAACCCAGGGAGGCUCUACCACCUACUACUGGACUACAUCCCCAGCCCUUUUUACUUUUUAUUGAGAUAAGGUCUUGCUAAGUUGCUGAGGCCGGCCUAGAACUUGUAAUCCUCCUGUCUUAAGUAGCUGAGAUUACGGGCAUACACCACCACGACUGGCUUUGUUUCUUUGUUUCUUUGUAGGCAAGUAGAGGGAUGGGGUAAUUCAGUUAAUUCAAAUAGAAUGUUCAAUUGAAAGUUCAUCAUUAACAGGAAACACAUAUUGCCUCCCUCCUCCUUUCCAAAAAUUUUUGGUUAUGGCUUACCAAUUAUUGAUUAGUAUAAUUAAUGCAAAGGAAAUUAAAAAGUGUUUUCAAAUGGAUAGGCUUAUGCUGAACAUAGCCUGCUAGUGGACACAGAGAGGUUCAAUGAUUGCAGAAGAUGUCAGAUUAAAUUAUUUCUUUAUAUUCUAUACUGCAUAUAACUAUAGAAUGUUAAGUUCAAUUUUUUAUUUCUAUGCAUUCUAAGUUGCAUCUAAGUAUAGGUUUCUGUAUGGAGAUAGUACAAAAAGAAACUGAAAAAUAUUCAUUCAGCCACAUCCAUGUCAAGUUUAGAGGGCACAUCAACAGGGACAAUAGAGGUAGAAUGAUGUUCAUUUUCUCCACAAUUCCAUUAACUAUAUAGCUUUGAUUUUAGAUAUUCAAUCUUAACAUUUUUUAGCAUAAUAGUCCAUUUUAGUGCAACUAAAACUGUAUGAUUUCUGAUGCAGGAAUUGAUUCAUGGUUACAGAGACCACUUCAGUAAGCACAAAGACUUAGAAUUAUAUUUAGUUUUUUACAUUUAAAAUUUGCAAAACUAGCUAACAAAGUUUUUUUUUAAAUCAAAUUGCAUGUGCUUAUAAUGAAGUGAUAGUUUAUAUAUAUGUAGAUAUGUCAAUAUACAAAAAUACAUUUAGGAUAUACAUGUACUUACAUAAUUCUAAAAUUAAUUUCAUCUAUUCCCUUGACUUUGUAAAAGUAUAUAUACAUUUUUAUAAAAUUCAAAAACAAAUUAGAACACAAGUAGAACUUAAGUUAUAUACUAAACUACAAAGGGUAUACAGCAUGAAUAUAUAUUACUAUUAAAACCACAGGUUCAAGCUACUUACGUUGGAAAACACAACUAUUUAUCCCUUUAAAUUAGAGGAAUUUCUUCAAAUAGGACCCAACGGUAUUAAGUAUACAUUGUCUGUAACAUAUGUAGGGUAAUUAUCAAGAAAAGUUACUAGUAAUGAAUUAUAGCUUGCUUUUACAACAAACUUAAACCAGUAAGUGACAUCAUCAUUCAAAAUUACUUGGAGAAAUAAAAUUCGGAAAAUAUAUCAAAUAUUUUAUACAAAAAGACUGUACAAAAAUCAGACUUUAUUAUACAUUAAAAAAAUCUAACAACAUAUUUCCUGAAGCCUUGUCAGCAAAUGCCUAUUUUGACAAAAUGAAAAAAUAAGUUCUCUGUCCUACAUGUAUACCAUGAUCACAUAAAGGUGAGUUCUUCAAAUCCAAUUCUAAAGGGAAAUGUUACAUGACUUAAUGGUACAUUGCAUGAUUAACUGUAUCAGUGAAAUAAGAAUUAACCAAUUCACUUACAUUACAAAGUCACUGAAUAUACAAAGCAAUUUUACAUAUUAGUUAUAAUUUAAUCCCCAGUUCUCAUAUUAACUAAAGUAAAUUACUUAUGAGUACAGCCACAAGAGAUUGGUUAAAAAAUAUAAUAUGGUUCCAGUUUCAAAUCUUCAUAUUAUUAAUUAAUGUAGAACAGAAACUUCAUGAAAAAAAAGUAAACCAAACUUGCUAAAAAUAAAAUGAAGGGUUUGCCUGUUACAAUUGGUAUAUUUAAAUAUUUAAAGUACAAUUCAAAUGCAAGGAGGUUGUCAAAAUAAACAUAUUUUCAUUUUAUUCAAGUGGCAAAAGGUUUUGCUAAUAAAUACCCUAGGUUAUUAAGGUCUGUCAACAUUUGUAAGAUGCAAAUUUUAAACACUGUGGUUCCUAUAUAUACCUCAAAAUUAACUCAGAUGCCUUUAUCACAUGAGAUUUUAUGUUACCUAGGAAGUUCUGCACAUCCUAUUGUCCUUUUCCCAAGAGUAAUAGAAACAACAAAUUUAGUUUAUGGAUCCUGUGAAUUCUUUUUAAAUUGCACACAAAGUAAUCAUUAUAGACAUGACAAGAACUAGAUUAGCUUUAUGGACUUUUGUUCAAGGUACCAGUUUCAGUCCCUCAUUAGCAAAUUUUCAAAAUUCUGAAAGGAUACAGUAAUAAUUGAUUUUUUUUAUCUAUUGAUUUCAUUACUAUAGUUACAAAAGUACUGUCACAUAGUUAGCAGAAUGUAUAGCAGAAUUAGGCAGCCUUAAUUUCUUUCCCUGAAAAAAAAAAUGCAGUUAAUUUCUACAAACCAUUAAAUAUAAGUUUAUGUCAGAG